AUCUUUUAAAAUUAAAUGGUAACAAUUUAAAUUGUUGGAGAAAAAAGUUACAAUUGAAACGAUUUGAACUGAUAAUCAAAAGUAAGAUUCAAGUUGAAAGGUCAAUUUGAAGGUUAAUUAUAAUUAACCUUUAAUGAUGAAAAGGAAAACGGGAGUAAAUUAAGAUGAUUUGAUUGUUGGAGUCUUUUUUUUUCUUGAAUUUUAAUCAUUAACAAUUAAUGAGGUUCGAUGAUUUUGAUCUCAAUCUAAUUGAACAAUUUAAAAAACAACAAUGAUCAAAGUGCUAAUCAUUAAUCAACCAUCAACACCUUUUCAAUUAAAAUGCUUAACCUCUGAUUAUUUUCAAUCUAAACAACAAUAAACAAUUAACACAAAAGAUGAAAACAAUUAAGAAACCCAAUUGAAUGACAAUUAGUUAAUUCACAAUUAAAUGUUGGUGUCACCAAAAAACUCCGAUUGGGAUGAAAGCCAAAUAUUUGCCAUAUAAAUUAACCGAUAGCAAACUGAUUUGUUUUCAUUAAUUAAAGUUCUGUUGGUUGGUUAAGGUUGAUUGUGAGUUUUUAAUCAACUACUAAUCAUGGAUGAUUAUUAAAUUGUAAUAAAAUAAGUUAAAUUGUAUAUUUAAGACUGUGAUUAAAACUUAUUAGUGAGAAAACCGUAAAUCUUUCAUCAAACAAUCAGUCAUGAGUUUCCCAUGGAUUAAGUUGUUUACUUUAAUUGUUGUUGCUCUUAGUUUAUUUCAAGUUAAUUAUGUUAAUUGUAAACCAGUUGACAAAAAGUCGAGUGAUUCUCUAGUGAUUAAACACGAACAAUUAAAACCAAGUGGCUUAAAUUCAGUUAUUCAAACAGAGAAAGAUUUGGAAGCUGCUGCUGAUCAUUGGCAUAAACAUCAUGUUGCUCAUCAUGAUGACCACAAGGAUGACCAUAAGGAUGACCACAAGGAUCAUAAGCCUCACCAUAAAGAGGACCAUUGGCAUGAACAUGGUGAACACUGGAAAAAGGGUCAUCAUUCACAUCAUGAUAAAGGUCAUCAUGACGAGGAAUCAGGUGAUAAACAUGGCCACAAGAAACACCAUAAAUAUGACAGAGAUCAUCAUGAUCACCAUUACAAGGAGAAACAUGGACAUCAUAGGGAACAAGAAGACGAACAUGAAGGUCAUCAUCGAGAUCACGGUCAUCGAGAGAAAGAGGAUUGGGACCAUAAGAAAGAGGGUGGACACGAAAGAUCUUGGCACUGGGACAAUGGAUUCGGCGCUAAGAAAGAUUGGCAUCAUCAUGGAGGUGAUUGGAAAGAAAGAGAUCAUCAUGGAGAGAAGAAGAAGUGGCACGAAGAAGAACAUGCGGUCAAACAUGACGAAGACCAUGGAGCUAAACACGAGCACGAUAAGUACCAUCAUCGCCAUCAUCAUGAUCAUGUAAGUUAA